AUGGAAGAAUCAAUCUCAGAUGAUGAGGAAGUGACACUACUGGAGGAUCUUAAGGAGAAGUUGGAAGAUGGCAUGGAGCAGCCACCAGAUUGGCUCCCAGAUGGCUGGAUCAUGGAGGUCAGACGUGAUGAUAAUGGCGCCCUCUACAAGUAUUUCAUAUCUCCAGUCACGGGGGUCAAGUUCAGGUUGAAGGAACAGGUCUUGGACUACCUUUUCUCCGAGAUGGAGGAACACUACAUCGAAUCUAAUGAUUGUGUUGCUUGUAGCACGCCUCAUGCACACGAAUGGCUUCCGGAUGGAUGGUUGGUAGAGGUCAGAGCAGGGGGAGAAAAGAUGGAGAAGAUGUACAAGAUUCUAGCAACAGUGGAGUUCAACCCACAUGGGCUGCCACAAGGAUGGGUCAAAGAGGUCGUAUACAGAAAAUCCGAGGAAAGAAUAAGGAAAGACUCGUACUUCACGGAUCCUGUUAGCCACAAAGUAUUCAGGUCAUUGAAUUAUGCAACUCACUACAUUAAUACCGGGGAAGUUAAAAAACAUGCACUUGUUCAGAGGGCAAGCGUGCAUGAAGUGUACAAUUUUGAGAAGUCUGCUGAUAUGCAUGAGAUUUUCCGCAAAAAACCGAGAAAGAAUGUGAAGGCUCGCAAAACACUUGAAAGUUCGUUGAAGCCCAGAAGAUCAUCAACAAGGAAGAAGAAAAAUUGCAAUGAACAUACUUCAUAUAGAUGUGUUGCACAUAUUUCUUUCUUUAGGUUCGUGCAUACUGUUACAUGA